AUGGAUUCCGAAAUAGACAUAUUACUGUUCAUCAACUGCACCCAGCAGAUUCUGGGUCGCCAGCAGUCUUGGGAUCAUCUCAAUGUCACUCAGAUCCUGGACUUGUUACCAACGAAGAUCCUUGAGGACAUCAAUCUCAAAAUCACUCUUGGGAACUGUAUGGGUUUGGGCGAAAGACCAUUCAGUCCACCAUGGUGGGUGCAGCUUGCCUGGUUCAUGGUAUUCGCCAUCAUGUUGCUGCUGGCUGUUCUGGGAAAUACUUUGGUCAUCUGGAUAGUUUUGGGCCCGAGCGUACGGCGCGUAGCGUUACGCGCGCGCCUCAAAGAGCCAUUCGACCACCACAGACGGGGCCCUAAAGGGCUGAUGUUCAGCCGGGGUUGCGGGGUAAGCGCAAUGAGGUACCGCGACCUCGGCACAGAGCAGGAGAAGGAACAGGGGGCUCAUCGUCGCAUGAGAACAGUGACCAACUGCUUCCUCGUGAAUCUUGCUUUUGCGGACUUGCUGAUGGCCACACUGAACGGUGCACCAAAUUUUAUAUUUUUGGUGACCGCUGAUUGGCCCUUCGGGUCAGUGACCUGUACUGCAAGCAACUUCACUGCAAACCUUACUGUAUCUGCGGGAGUGUUCACACUAGUGGCUAUCACAGUUGAUAGAUACGUGGCAAUAGUGAAACCUCUACAGCACAGACUUAGUCGUCGAGUAGCGCGUACGGCGCUCUUCACCGUCUGGUGCGCCAGCGCAUUGCUUGCAUUGCCCAGCCUACUCUACUCGGAUACUUAUAAAAAACAGUAUGUAAACGGUGACAGAGAAAUAUGUUUCAUUAAAUGGCCUGACGGCAGCUAUCCAUCGUCGAGAACUGAUUAUGUGUAUAACUUAUUAUUUCUGGCUGUGACGUAUGUGGUGCCUAUGUCGGUAAUGGUGUGGGCGUACGCUCGAAUGAGUGCCGCUUUGAGAGGCCGAGCUAUCGGCGAGUGUACUCAUCAUCAGAUGCAAGUCGUCAGAGCCAAGAGAAAGGUCAGUACAUAG